UAAAUACAUCUGCAGAUAACAAGUAAAAAAAGUCAAAUAUUAAUAAUAUCAGUCGUUAUGUCACAUGUUCUUUAUUAUUCUUGCCCUUUGAGCAUGAAGUAUACAGUGAUUUAAUCACUAAUUGAUUUGAAUCAUUGAUCAGCUUCUUAAGUGUGAAUAUUUUCUAGUUUCUUUGCUCCAUAAAACAAAGAAAUGACAGAUGAACAGAUGAAUGUGUUAAUAACUGUCACAAACUUCAAAGCCACUGUGAAGUGUGUUUGUUUUAAAUGAAACCAGUGAACAAUAAAAACAUAAAAGAAGGAAACAUUAGUGAUGUCAUGAACACAUGAACAUUAACAUUAAAAACGUGUCACGUGCUGAUGCUGCAGCAUCUCUGGACCGCUCCUCUCGUGCUGCCUUCACGUGCACUCGGAAAUCUGAUUAAUUAACCUCCUUUUGUCAGAAAAAGGCCACAGCAAUAAUAAUAAACAUAAUAAUAAUAAUAAUAAUAACGGAACACGGGAUUAUUAUGGUUUAUCACAUUCAUAGUGCGCAGCAUUAAAUGCGCGGGAUAAUUGUAAUAACAUUUUUUUUUAAAAUGAGGAGUAACUGUAGUUUUCAUAUUUCCGACAAACUUAAACGCAGCAGCGCUGACAGAGCUGCGGACACGGACUCAUCACUGCGGUCAGUCUGCGCGAGGAUUCUCCGUCAGUGUCGGUAGAUCCUCGGUCAGUGUCGGUAGAUCCUCGGUCAGUGUCGGUAGAUCCUCGGUCCUCGGUAUGAACACGGAGGAGACGAACGUGGACGCUCUCACUGCAGAUGAGAAGCCGAAGGACGCGCCUCCUCCUGCGGCUUCAGCGGACGCAGACGCAACGGAGGCCGAUGUGAGCGAGGCGGACCUGGACCUGGAAGAGCAAGAGAAGCUGCCGAUGACCGGAGGAGGAGAUGGUGGAGGAGGAGGAGGAGGAGGAGGAGGAGGAGAUGGAGAUGGAGAUGGAGGAAGAAGAAGAGGAGGAGGAGAAGGGGAGCGGCCCGAGGAUGCUGUCUACGCCGGAGGAGAUGCAGUGGCGGAGAAGAACGGCUCCGUGAAGCUGAAGAUUCCAGAGGAGGAGGUGGCGGAGGAGGCGAAGUUCACUGGUCUGAGCAAAGAGGAGCUGCUGCGGGUGGCGGGAACCCCGGGCUGGGUCAGGACCCGCUGGACGCUGCUGCUCGUGUUUUGGCUCGGUUGGUUUGGGAUGUUGGCCGGAGCCGUCCUCAUCAUCCUGAAGGCGCCGCGAUGUCGAGAUCUGCCCCAAACCAACUGGUGGAACCACGGUCCGGUUUACCAGGUCCCUGAUGUCCACGCCUUCAGCCACGCCCACAACCUGAAGGGUGUGGAGCAGAAGGUGCACGCCCUCUCUGAGCUGAAGGUCAAAGGUGUGGUGGUCGGGCCGCUCCACGUGGCUCCGCCCAACGAUGCCGUGGCGCUGAGGUUCGAGGAAGUUUCUCCUGACGUGGGAAACCUGGAGCAGUUCAGAAGUCUCAUUCAGGCCGCACACAGGAAAGGUAUUUCUGUGGUUCUGGAUCUGACUCCAAACUAUCAGGGAUCAUCUGGACCCUGGUUCUCCAACAUCAGUGUGACCAGCGUGGCAGAGAGACUGAAGUCAGCUCUUGUCUUCUGGCUGAAUGAAGGUGUGGAUGGCGUCCAGCUGGAGGGGGUGGAGCAUGUGUCCACCGCGGUGCCGUCUCUGUGGACAGACAUCAGAGCCAUCAUCCAGAACGAGACAGAGCAGCGUCCCAACAAAAGAGUCCUGAUCGGAAUCACGGACCGGUCCUCGGCUGACGACGUGUCCUUCGUCCUCUCCUCCACCGGCGUCGACCUCCUCAUCUCUGGCGUCCUUCGGCCCGGAGACUCCAACACCACGGAGCGCGCUCGGUCCAUCCAGCGACUCUAUUCGUCCCACGACCAGACCAAGCUCGCCUGGAGCCUGGGAGGACGGACCGAGGGACACCUGGCGUCGCUGGUGGGCCCGGCUCUGGUCAGACUACACCAGCUGCUGCUGCUCACGCUGCCGGGGACGCCCGUCUUCAACUACGGAGACGAGAUUGGUCUGAUGGACGAGGACACGAAGUUUCCCAGGAUGCUUUGGGAUGUUGACGAGUGGCUGAACGGCACUGAUAAGGAGCAGAGGGACGAGCGUUUCUCCUGUCGACGCUUUUUCCGCAGCUUGAGCGACCUGCGUGGUAAAGAGCGCUCCCUGCUGUUUGGUGACUUCGUCCUCCUCUCUAACUCCUCCUCCUCGCUGGCGUAUCUACGUGUCUGGGAUCAGAGUCCACGUUUCCUGGCUGCUUUCAACUGGGCGGAGGAGGAGGCGGUGCUGCAGCUGCAUGACGCGACGCUGCCCCCGCAGGCUGUGGUGGUGCUGAGCACCAACAGCAGCGUCCUGCCCGCAGACAGCAGAGUGGACCUGGACGACCUGCGACUGGGCCCCGGGCAGGCCGCGCUCCUCAGGUUCCUCCACACUGAAUAAACGAAGCUCUUACAGCUUAAAGAGCUCUGUUCUCACUUAUUUGUUCUAGAAGGAAUUAGGAUUUGAAGCCUCAGUCAGACUGGAUUUAAAUGACAGAGGGGCGGAGUCAGAAUUCAGCCGCUGAUCUCAGUGAAUUCAGCAGCUGAUUUCAGUGAAUUUGGUCUUGAUUCACUUAAUCAGAUCAGAGUUAAUUCGUUUAUAGAGAAAAUAUUGGAUGUGUGUAGGGCAGUAACAUGGCCCCGCCCAUGACCCCGCCCCCUGCACAGACACUAAUCCAGUCCACUGUGGGCUUUAAUCAGACGGUUGUCCCUCGUCGUCUUUGUUUGCUGUACUUCCUGUGAAAAGUGAAUAAAAAUGAACAGAAGACA